UACCGGAAGUACUUCUGUUCCUUUUCCGUCUUCGCCCCGGCGCCGAGCAGCACGAGUCCUCGUCCUAUUUCGUUUUUUUGACAAACAUAACGGAUUAAUUGACUCGAGUAUAGCUUCGGGGAUGAAACCCAUUCUACUCCAGGGCCAUGAGCGGUCCAUUACACAGAUCAAAUACAACCGAGAAGGAGACCUGCUCUUCACAGUGGCCAAAGACACGGUAGCUAACGUGUGGUACUCCGUGAACGGGGAGAGGCUCGGCACCUAUAAUGGACACACUGGAGCGGUGUGGUGUGUUGAUUGUGACUGGGACACAAAGAAUGUGUUAACUGGAUCGGCAGACAACAGCUGUAGACUGUGGGACUGUGAGACAGGCAAACAGCUUGCCAUGCUAAACACCAGUUCGGCUGUGAGGACCUGUGGCUUUGACUUCAGUGGCAACAUCAUCAUGUUCUCCACGGACAAACAGAUGGGCUACCAGUGUUACCUAAACUACUUUGACCUUCGGGACCCCCAGCAGAUUGAGGACAACCAGCCGUACUUGACUGUGCCGUGUGCGGAGUCUAAGAUCACCAGUGCCGUAUGGGGGCCCCUGGGGGAGUUCGUCAUCGCUGGCCAUGAGAAUGGAGAGAUCAACCAGUUCAGCGCCAAGUCCGGAGAGAUCCUGAAGAAAGUAAAGGAGCACUCCAAACAGAUCAAUGACAUCCAGACCUCCGUGGACCUGACCAUGGUCAUCACCGCCUCUAAAGACUGUUCCUCUAAGCUGUUUGACUCCACAACUCUGGAUCACAUCAAGACCUUCAAGACUGAGAGACCGGUCAACUCGGCCGCCAUCUCGCCCAUCAUGGACCAUGUGGUGAUGGGAGGAGGUCAGGAAGCCAUGGAGGUCACCACCACCUCCACCAGGAUCGGCAAGUUUGAGGCCAGGUUCUUCCAUGCAGCCUACGAAGAGGAGUUUGGCAGGGUCAAGGGUCACUUCGGACCUAUCAACUGUGUGGCAUUCCAUCCCGAUGGCAAAAGUUAUUCCAGUGGAGGAGAAGAUGGCUACACCAGAAUCCACUACUUCGACCCGCAGUACUUUGACUUUGAAUUGGAGGCAUAAAACAGACUCAUACUCAACAUUCUCCAACAUCGAGUCCAACAUCGAGUCAGCUGGAAUGAGCACCACCCACAGGCCGGCGACACAUUGAGGAUUGAGACCGCUAUAUACUUAGGCUUGUGGAUUAACACCCGGGUGCAUCUCAAUAGUCUUUUCACUGUCUCCUUUUACCAGGAACCUUCCACUUGUUCAGUGGUUGUGUAUUGGAUUAGGGUGGGGGGGGAGAAGGGUUAAGGAAGUGACUUAAGGACAAUUGAGAUCCCCUUAGUGACAUAUGUACUAUUGACUGGCCUUUGACAGUAUAACAACAUUUCCACUUCGUACACAUUGUAUUUAAAUUCCUUAAAAUAAAUGGAAUUUAAACUA